AUGGCUAGAAAGUGGGAGAAGGUUGCUUCCAUGGGGAAGAAAAGAAGUGCUUUGCCAGUAUUCGACAACAAUGAGACUGCUGACACUUGCAAAAGAUUUUUGAUGCCUAAUAAAGGCCAUUUUGUUAUCUACACUAGUGAUCAAAAGCGUCUAGAAAUUCCAGUAUUGUAUCUCGGAAAUAAAAUUUUCCGAGAGCUCCUCAAGAUAUCUGAAGAUGAGUUUGGACUGCCCAAAGAUGGACCAAUCAUAUUUCCAUGUGAUGAGGUCUUGAUUAAGUAUAUUGCAUCGCUUCUUUCCAUCAAUGCAAGUUUUUGCUCGUCAGUGUGUUUCCAUCAGGAAGCAAGCAGCCAACAACUGUUAGUUUAUGGCUAA